UUCAAGCAGCAGGAGCUAAAGCCUUUGCAAGAAAGCAAUGUCUUUUUGUCCCUCUCUAUCCUCUUCGCAAUCAGUCUCUCUCUUCUCCAAAUCUAAACCCUUAAAUGGAGAUAACAGAGCCACGACCGUCUCUUUGAAGUCUUGCGUGCGAGCCUCUGCUGAUGUUCCGGAUUUCCUCUCUGCCAAUUGGCUUGAAACUCGCAGGAAGAGACCUUUUGGACCGAGAUUAAAUUUUAGUGCGGAAGAAGCUGUUCAGUGUCAGCUUGAUGCACUAAAAUACAAUGAUCAACCACGUCCAGACUACGGAAUUGAGGUCAUGUAUAGGUUUGCUGGAUUUGAUCCAUUCGAAAGAUCUACCUACUUUGGACCAUUCUUUGAUUUGGGGCAGUUUGAAAGAUUCAGGCGCAUUUUUCAUCAUUCUACUUACCGUGUUUUACUUGGGCACAAGGAUAGAAAAAUCUUGAGUAGUUUAUUUGUGAAGGAGGAUCGAUUCAAACAGCGGGUUUGGAUACAAGGAAAUCGGCCAGAGGAAGAAGAAACAUUUGAAUUUACAAUGGUUCAGAGGGUUGGUGGUUUGUGGGAUGGUUAUUGGUUGACGGAGAGCCUGCUUCAUGAUGGAGAUGCUUUUGCCGGUGGUUUGGCUUACUGAAAGCAAACUUGAAGAUACGAAGUUCUGGUUCCUAUUCCACCACUCUGUUGAAUACUUCAAAGCAUGAGAUAAUAUGCUGAAUGAUCUUUCGUUUGUAAAUAUUUUGAUUAAAUCUGUGUCAACUUAUCUUGUUUACAAUGAUGAGCGUGCUUGAGCUCUGUAAAUACCGAUCUGUAUAUAUCUUGUACAAGUCAGUAUAUAUUCUGCAUUAAUAUACAUGAUGCUAUUCUCAAUUCCCCUA